ACUCUCAGGGAGCCAAGAAAGACACUCUGGAAACCACCAUGGACAGCCUUCUGAUGAACCGGAGGAAGUUUCUUUAUCACUUCAAAAACGUCCGCUGGGCGAAGGGUCGGCACGAGACCUACCUGUGCUAUGUGGUGAAGAGGCGAGACAGUGCCACUUCCUUUUCCCUGGACUUCGGUUACCUCCGCAACAAGUCUGGCUGCCACGUGGAAUUACUUUUCCUCCGCUACAUCGCUGCCUGGGACUUGGACCCUGGCCGGUGCUACCGGGUCACCUGGUUCACCUCGUGGAGUCCCUGCUACGACUGCGCCCGGCACGUGGCUGACUUUCUGAGGGGGAAUCCCAACCUCAGCCUGAGAAUCUUCACUGCGCGCCUCUACUUCUGCGAGGACCGCAAGGCAGAGCCCGAGGGGCUGCGGCGGCUGCACCGCGCUGGCGUCCAGAUCGCCAUCAUGACUUUUGUAGAAAAUCACGAAAGAACUUUCAAGGCCUGGGAGGGACUGCAUGAAAAUUCGGUUCGUCUCUCCAGACAGCUUCGACGCAUUCUCUUGCCCCUCUAUGAGGUCGACGACUUACGAGAUGCAUUUCGUACUUUGGGACUUUGA